AUGACGUUUCUACGAGUAGGCAUGCAAGACCCGGAAUAUAGCCACGUGCUUAGCUUUAGAAGGCAAAUCUUCAUAAGUCCUUUAGAAAAUGCAUCGAUUCCUGACUCAUUCCUAAUUUCAUUCGACAAUACAUCAUAUAGAAUAUACAUUUCCAUAGACGGUUUAAACUGCUCCAGAUGCAAGACGGUCGGACAUCAAGAUUCUGACUGUCCUUCUUUAUCAUCAUUAAGUAGUCCAAUUAAUCAAACGGAAACUGACCAUCAAGUGAACGUACUCAACUCUGCCAAUAAAGAAUAUAGCCAGCCAGAAGAACAACCACGGAAAGAACACGAAGAAGGUACCCAGACAUUAAAGGAACCGAAACUUAACAUUACAAAAAAUCACGAAUUAACAUCAGCCACAAACGACCAAACCACUUCCAUACAAACAAACAAAGAACUACAGAUUUCGUCACAACCACAAAUAUCCCAAGAUUCAUCAGUCAAAAGGAAGGUUCUCUGCGAUAGUUCAGAUGAAUCUGAUGAAGAGAUUGAAAAUAUAACAAAGGAUUCAAGUGAUGAAGAUUUAGAAACUUUUUUGGCAAACGAAAAUGAAGAUGAUUCAUUAGGGCAACAGGAAAGUGAAGAAAUACUGAGCUCUUCUAAGUUAAAAGAAGGUGAUUUUGUUCUCGUAAAAUUGGCCAGUAAAAAGACUUAA